ACACACACACACACACACACAAAACACCUACACACACCCACACACACACACACACACGCACGUAGCCCAGCAGCGCAUCUCGGAACGCACGUAAGCUCCUCACCCGCGUGCCCAGGUGAGUCAUCAUUUAUAGAAGGGCUUUAAGCGCGAGGCGUCCGUUAAGCGCGGGCUCCGAUGCGAGCGGGGAGAGAGAGCGCGUGAGUGUUGAGUAUGGUCCAGACGCGCGUGUCGCCGAGGAGCUGACAUCCAGAAACAGCUCACACAGGACAGAACCAGGUCCCCAGCGCCGCCGAGCAUCAUGGGAGGAGUGGCUCCAGACAGGGGGGUGAAGGCUCCAGACGGGGGGUGGGGGUGGGCGGUGCUCUUCGGCUGCUUCGUCAUCACCGGGUUCUCCUACGCGUUCCCCAAGGCUGUGAGCGUCUUCUUCAAGGAGCUCAUCCUGGAGUUCCACGUGGGCUACAGUGACACCGCCUGGAUCUCAUCCAUCGUGCUCGCCAUGCUCUACGGCACAGGUCCCAUCUGCAGUAUCCUGGUGAACCGUUACGGCUGUCGGCCGGUGAUGAUGGUGGGCGGAAUCUUUGCCUCGGCGGGGAUGAUCAUGGCCUCCUUCGCCACCAGCAUCACCCACAUCUACCUCACCACCGGCGUCAUCACAGGUCUAGGUCUGGCCCUGAACUUCCAGCCGGCUCUGAUCAUGCUGAACCGCUACUUCAGUGAGAAGCGUCCGCUGGCUAACGGGCUAGCGGCGGCGGGUAGCCCCGUAGCGUUGUGCUGCCUCUCGCCGCUGGGCCAGGUGCUCAGCUACCAUUACGGCUGGCGGGGGGGCUUCCUGGUCCUGGGGGGGCUCCUGCUCAACUGCUGCGUGUGCGGAGCCCUCAUGCGACCUCUGACCCCGCCCAAGAGGAAGGGCCAGGACCAGGAGCGGUGUGUGGAAGAGAAGAAGCCGGCGGUGGACGCGGCGGCUGCGCCCAAGGCCAAGCUGCUGGAUUUCAGCGUGUUUAAGGACCGCGGCUUCCUCAUCUACACGGUGGCGGCCGCCAUCAUGGUCCUGGGGCUGUUCGUGCCGCCGGUGUUCAUCGUGAGCUAUGCCAAGCACAUGGGCACCGACGACACCAGGUCGGCGCUGCUGCUCUCCAUCCUGGGCUUCAUCGACAUCUUCGCGCGGCCCACGUGCGGCGUGAUCGCGGGCCUCAGCUGGGUGCGGCCGCGCUGCGUCUACCUCUUCAGCUUCGCCAUGAUCUUCAACGGCACCACCGACAUCCUGGGCUCCUUCGCCAAGGACUACAACGAGCUCGUCGUCUUCUGCAUAUUCUUCGGCGUCUCCUACGGCAUGGUGGGCGCGCUGCAGUUCGAGGUCCUCAUGACGAUAGUGGGCACGGAGAAGUUCUCCAGCGCCAUCGGACUCGUGCUGCUGGUGGAGGCCAUGGCUGUGCUGGUGGGACCCCCCUCUGCAGGGCGUCUGCUGGACUUCACCCAUAACUACCAGUACGUGUUCAUGCUGGCGGGGUGUGAGGUGGUGACGGCCGCACUGGUCCUGGCCGUCUGCAGCUUCCUCUUCAUCAAGAAGAAGGAGCCCGAGCUGCCCCCCCUCAAAGAGCCCCCCCCCGAGGAGAUGCAGGCCCUGAAGGAGGCGCAGGAGGAGGAGGGGCAGGAGGAGGGGGCGGGCACCAGCCCCACCUCUGGCUCCGCCUCCCACAGCACCACUACUCCUAGUGGGUCCACCUCCCCGGCUUCUAGCCCCGCCCCCGUUGCCGAGGCGAUCACCACUAAGGUGGAGGUUGAGAAGGAACCUAAAGAGGAGGAGGAGCAGAAGGAGGAGGAGUUAAACACACCUGCGCAGGGAGGCGGGGCCAACACUCCCCAGGUGGAACCUGAGUCGUCGCUUUGA